ACUCCAGUACAGUUUAUUUGAUAUGGUGUUUGCUUCAGUCUCCUCUGAGUAAACUAUGGAUCUGUUUGGUUUUCUUCUGAUAUUCACUGUAAUUGUGAGUAAUGGGGCUCAAGCUGAGCACAAGGAUUUUGGGUUUGUUGGAUGUUCUGAUAUGGAGAAAGAGUUUUUGUUUGGAUUUGAUGGAGAGGAGCUGUUCCAUUUAGACUUCAUUAGAAAAGAAGGAGUAGCAACAGCACCUGACUUUGCAGAUCCUCUCAGCUUUCCUGGAUUUUAUGAGGCUGGUGUUGCUCAAAUGGAGGUCUGCAAACAAAAUUUAGCCACAGACAUUAGGGCAUACAACUCCCCACAAGAGCAACUAGACCCUCCUGUGACAUCCAUUUAUUCAAAAGAUGAGGUGGUGCUGGAUAAAAAGAACACACUCAUCUGUCAUGUGACUGGAUUCUUUCCUCCACCUGUCAAUGUCUCCUGGACGAAAAACAAUGAUAUUGUGUUAGAGGAAAUUAGUUUUAGCCAAUACCGCGAAAACAGUGAUGGCACCUUCAACAUGUUCUCUGCUCUGAAGUUCACACCUGCUGAAGGAGACAUUUACAGCUGCACAGUGAAACACAGAUCCAUUCAAGGGCAAACCAACACCAAAACAUGGGAGGUGGACGUUGAGCUGCCCAGUGUUGGUCCAGCAGUGUUCUGUGGAGUGGGUCUGGUUCUGGGGCUGUUAGGAGUCGCUGCUGGAACUUUCUUCCUCAUUAAAGGAAACAACUGCAACUAACAGCUCUGAUUUACAAAUGAACACAAUCUUACUCUGUGAUUCUGAUUCUGUGUACUGCUAUUUAACAGCAUCUUUCCUCAAUGUCUGUAAAAUUGUGUUUUGUCUCUAAAAACAAAAUGUGUGUCACACCAUAUUUGGUGGGAUACAAGUUCUUUUUCAUUUAAAUAUUCAUUCAUUCAUUUUCUUGUCGGCUUAGUCCCUUUAUUAAUCAAGGGUCACCACAGCGAAAUGAACCCACAACUCAUCCAGCAAGUUUUUACGCAGCGGAUGCCCUUCCAGCCACAACCCAUGGGAAACAUCCACACACACAUUCAUACACUACGGACAAUUUAGCCUACCCAAUUCACCUGUACCGCAUGUCUUUGGACUGUGGGGAAAACCGGAGUACCUGGAGGAAACCAACACGAACGCAGGAAGAACAUGCAAACUCUUCACAGAAACGCCAACUGAGCUGAGGCUCGAACCAGCGACCCAGCGACCUUCUUGCUGUGAGGCGACAGCACUACCUACUGUACCACUGCUUCGCCCUUCAUUUAAAUAUAAAGGAUAUAAUUUUUAAACAAUCCAAUAUGGUGGUAUAAGGAAAAAGACAGUGUGUGUGUGUGUGUGUGUGUGUGUGUGUGUGUGUGUGUGUGUGUGUGUGUGUGUGUGUGUGUGUGUGACAAUAAUAAUCGAAAGUUUUGAUGAUCAAAGUUACCAUACAAAUUAUUAGGCAUUCAUACAGGUUUGGGACUAUAUCCUUCUCAGGACAUUUAGAUUCCAUAGCUUUUAGGUUAGAUGAAUUAUAUUUUCUUCUCCAUAAACUUGAUCCUGUAAAAAAAAAA